UGUAUUAGUGCAUGACUCGCUGGUGCGCGCGACAGUUUCAUCGCCGAUCGGCCGAGCGAACUCGCGUCGAUUGUUUCGUCCGCUGGCGGAAUACGUGCUCGACGGGAUUUCACGUUCGGGUAACGAGUGUACUUCUAACGGAGCGGCGACGUGAGAUGCGGCGCCGUACGGCGGUGGGCACGGCGCCGACGCGACGCGACGCACGCAGCGCGAUAUAAUUCCGGGCCGCGCGAUCAAACGCGCCAUGGACCUCUCGUCCCGUCGGCUCAACGACGCGCACAAAGGACGGAUGGAAAGCGGCGGCAGUAGUGAGUGAGUGAGUGGAAGAGCGUUAUUGAGUGCGGGAGCAAGAUGGCGGAAUCGAGCUAUUAUCAGGGCGAUUACAUCAGGCACCCAGUUCUUUACGAACUGUCGAGCAAGUAUGGAGUGGCUGGCAGUGACCAGGUGCCCUUGCCGGCACGUCUUGACGUGCUGCGAGAACAUAUACGCCGAGAAAUACGCAAGGAGCUGAAAAUAAAGGCUGGCGCGGAGAAGCUGAGGGAGGUCGCGACCGAUCGCAAGUCGCUCUCGGAUGUCGCGACUAUUGUGAAGAAGGCGAACAGCAAGUUGAACGAGCUCCAAGCUGAGCUCCAGCAGCUCGAGAGUCAAAUUAUACUGACGCAGGGCCAGCCUCAAUCGCCGCAGCAGAAUCACUCCAACGGUCAAGACACGCCUCUAUCACCGAUGGGGCCUUCGUCGCCGAGUCAGGAAGGUCUAUUCACGGAUCUUCGGCUUCUGUCCUUGGAGAAGCAGCUCAAUAUCGAACUGAAGGUCAAGCAGGGUGCUGAAAACAUGAUACAGAGUUUAACAAGUGGCCAUCGUGACAAGAAACUGCUACAGGAGGCUCAACAAAUGCUAGAUGAUUCCCGUGUCAAAAUCGAGUUCCUACGUAUGCGGAUUAUGAAGGUGCGCCAAUCACGGCAGCAACAACGAGGCGAUGCACCACCACCGAACGGUGAAACAGCUAGUAAUAAAGAUAGGUACGAGCCCAGCUUGGAGCUCGCGUUGGAGGAAAGGGUGGAGGAGCUACGGCAUCGAUUACGAAUAGAAGCAGCUGUUGUAGAAGGUGCCAAGAACGUGAUACGUCUUCUACAAAGUGCCAAAGUCGCUGAUAAGAAGGCCCUAACCGAGGCGCAAGCAAGUCUCGCGGAAUCCAGUAGAAAAUUGGACUUACUUAGAUUGUCCCUCGAGCUCAGAAGGCAAGAGCUACCUCCCGACAGCGGUACCGCAGCUCAGUUAAAGAGAGAAUUAGCUAGCGUUCAGUCAGCUAGUCCAGUUCCUGUUACAUAUACAUCAUUACAACCGUUUCGCGGUCCUUUGGAGGGUAAAGCUACUGUACCAGCCUCGGUAUCGAGAUGCGCAGCUGUCACAGGACAAUUAGAGGUAAGAUUAAUGGGAUGUCAAGACUUAGCAGAAGAAGUGCCUGGGCGUACGAGAAGGGAACACCCUGCUAGUCCUGAUUUACGUAGUUUCGUUAAAGGUGUUACAGGACGCAGCUCAAGCAAAUCAUAUAGCGUGAAAGACGAAACAAGCAAUGAUAUUAUGGCAGUUAUAAAAUUAGAUAACCAAACCGUAGGACAAACUAGUUGGCGUCCAUGUUCCCAACAAGCUUGGGACCAAAGGUUUUCUAUUGAGCUUGAUAAAUCGAGAGAACUUGAAAUAGGCAUUUAUUGGAAAGAUUGGAGAUCUCUUUGCGCGGUUAAGUUUUUACGUUUAGAAGAAUUCAUUGAUGACGUUCGACACGGCAUGGCUCUACAAUUGGAACCGCAAGGCCUUCUGUUCGCAGAAAUAAAAUUCUUAAAUCCAAUGAUAUCGCGAAAGCCUAAAUUACAGCGUCAACGCAAAAUUUUUAAGCAGCAAGUGAAAAAUUUCCCAAGAGCUAAUCAAAUGAAUAUAAAUGUCGCGACGUGGGGUAGGCUGCUUAAACGUUCGGCGCCUUCAUUACACAAUUCCAGAAGCUCAGAAAGUCCACCGUCAGGACCACAACCGUUGCAACUUGUAUUUGAUACCUCAGUAGAAGAUAAGCCUGAAACUCCCGGCGAAGUGCCCGAUCCGGAGAAAGGUGGAUUGGGUGGCGCACGGCCUUUAGGUAUGUCAACAUCGAGUAGUAGUCCAACUUUGCCACGUCCUCCGGAGCAUCCUCCUCCACCACCACCAACUGUGACAAAAAAACCUACGCCUGCACCUACACCACCUCCCAAACUGGAUCAAGAGUUACAGAGUGCAUUAAGGGAGUUUGAUUUUCUGCACAACGAGGAAAAGGGCGGGCCUCAGGGUGCAAAUUUGAGGCCCCUUGUGACAGAGCCCCGCCCUGUACUGAUUGCACCACCCUCUCCACGCACACCCUCGCCCCAACCUGUCGUCGAGUUUCCUGAGGAUGAGGUUGUAUAUGAAAUGCCAGUUAGACCUCUUCAAUAUAGAGAUAGUGCCUACGAAUCAAGAAGGCAUUCUCAGCUCACUGGUAUGACUUUGGAGAAUUUCAGACUACUCUCCGUACUCGGUCGUGGACAUUUCGGCAAAGUAAUACUGUCGCAAUAUAGAAAUACAGGAGAGUACUUCGCAAUUAAAGCCUUGAAGAAAGGAGAUAUUAUAGCCAGAGAUGAAGUGGAGUCAUUGCUUUCUGAAAAGAGAAUAUUUGAAGUAGCAAACACGACGCGCCAUCCUUUCCUCGUUAAUUUAUUUGCGUGCUUUCAAACUGAGGCACACGUAUGUUUUGUAAUGGAAUAUGCAGCUGGCGGUGAUCUUAUGAUGCAUAUACAUGCUGAUGUUUUUGGAGAGCCACGCGCUGUGUUCUAUUCCGCUUGUGUAGUUCUUGGAUUGCAAUAUUUACACGAAAAUCGUAUUAUUUACAGAGACUUGAAGUUAGAUAAUCUGCUAUUAGAUACAGAAGGUUACGUUAAAAUCGCAGACUUUGGUUUAUGUAAAGAAGGUAUGGGAUUUGGAGACAGAACAGGUACUUUCUGCGGUACUCCUGAAUUCUUAGCGCCCGAAGUGCUGACGGAGACUUCUUAUACACGGGCUGUAGAUUGGUGGGGUCUUGGGGUCUUAAUAUUUGAAAUGUUGGUUGGAGAGUCCCCUUUCCCAGGUGAUGACGAAGAAGAAGUUUUUGAUUCUAUUGUAAAUGACGAAGUACGAUAUCCAAGAUUCCUUUCUUUGGAAGCAAUUGCAAUCAUGAGAAGAUUACUUAGAAAGAAUCCAGAAAGGAGAUUAGGUAGCAGUGAAAGAGACGCCGAAGAUGUUAAGAAACAAGCAUUUUUCAGACAUAUAGCUUGGGAUGAUUUACUCCUAAGACGCGUGAAACCACCUUUCGUACCAGUAAUUCAUUCAGUGGAAGAUGUAAGUAAUUUCGAUGAAGAGUUCACAUCAGAGAAGCCACAACUAACGCCUCCAAAAGAUCCUCGGCCUCUUAGCGACCUAGAGCAGAGUCUAUUUAAAGACUUUACUUAUAUGGCUGAUUGGUGCUAGCCGUAAUAAUUAAUAGAGAUAUUAAUUAUUACGAUUAGUUUAUGUUGAUGUGUAUAUUUUUCCCAUGAGAAAAUAUCCACAUAAUGAAAAAAAAGUUACUUCAUGCUAUGAAAUUGCGCAGUCGGUGGUAUUUACGCACGUUUGUUUAUCUGAGCAAUUUUAUCAUAUGUCAUACAUCAUGUAUAGAUUUUUUAUUUUGGAUACUAUGUUAAUGAUCACAGUAGGCACAUUUACAAGAGAAAAUUUUCAACCAAAGUGGUGUGCACAUGAAUGCAGCUCCAUAAGAGAUCUAUUCAUUAGUGAGACUAACAUCUCAUCUAAUUUCUCGAGUAUAACCAGAUGAAUUGUAACUGUUGAUGAUCAUUGGGUAACUGAUCAAUUGUAUAACCAAUCUCAAACAUCAUCUUGAAAUCAAAGACAUCCUGAAUGUCUUCUAUUCGAACUAAAGUAAUCGGUAUGACAAAGAUAAAAUCCAUAUUUGUCUAUAUUAUUUGAAUAUUCCAAAAAACCAUCUGCCAUUUUUGAACUGAUUUCUUCGCUUUGUUGCAACGAUUUCCAAGAGGCUAAAAACUUAAAAGAUCUAUAUAUCUUCUAUUUGAUAUCACGUUCUCAACUUCUAAUGCGGACGGAUAUAAUUCUGGUGCUCUCGAUUGUUCAUUGUUUAGCGAAUGGCUUCGCUAAAUAAGGUAUCUUUUCUUAUAGAUUGUGAGUCUCUGUUGUAAGUGGCCCUCAUAGUAUCCACCAUGUUCAUCAAUAAGCUGGGUUAGAAGAAUUGGAAACAAAUAUUUUCUUAUCAUGAGUUGGGUUGUUCCCAGCACUUUCGGUUGCACGUAAUAGAAAGUUCGGGAACAUUGAAAAAAUUGUUCAUCCAUAAGAGAAAAUUUUUUUUUCUUUUUUGGUUAUUUGUUUGUCUGAGUUUCGAAGAUAUAAACAUGAUAAUACAAUAAUAAUGAUAAAAUUGAAAACGCUUUUUGUAACACAAUAUAUUAGCUAAAAAUUCACCAAAAAUGAGUCAACUCAUUUCAAUUUUUGAUCUUUCUGAUACAAAUUGUAUGUUUAGACCUCUUGCAUAGACAUUCCAGUCACAAAUCCUGGAUAGCCGUUCUGAAGAAGAAUCAUCUUAUAUGACGAAUGCAACUUAAUUGUUCAUUGCCUUAGAAAUCUACCUUUUCUGGGAUUGCCCUUUCAAUUUAACUCUGGCAAUUCUUUAGACGUUACAAUUGCGUCAGAAUCUUUCUAACUUUUUGAUUUCCCAAAAUACGUUUUUUUUUUAUUUAGCCCUCAUGGUAAAUUAGAAUGUUUUCGAAAAUGUACUGAAUGCUAGGAAUUAUAUGGUGUUAAUUAUUUGUAAGGGACAAUGCGAAAAUAUAUACUAAAGUUUUCAGAGAAUAACAUUCAUCAAGAAUCACCUUGUAAUGCGAAGUUCGCUUUAGAAACUUCUUUUAUCGAAUCUCAGGUUUUCCGCUAAUGUUAUGAGUUGUUUGUACAUUUUUAGUAAAUAGAUAUUAUACAUGAAUUUACAAUCUCUGGUUUGAUACAAAGUAAUAUUGUAUGAAUUUAUGAUCAUAUUUUUAAAAGUUAAGAGGUUCCAAUCAAUUCUUGUCAGGCAAAGGAAAAAGCGAAUGAAGCCUAUUAAUCUUUCGACAAAGAAGUUUUUUUUGCAUAUAACUGAGAAUAAUUUUAGAUUACAUUUGCAAAAGUGAUCUCCAGACACUGUCCUGUUGCUAGUAUUAAAUAUGUAUGGAUGUCCUUUUGCGUGAAGAUAUAUAUUAUUUUCAACAUUUCGUUAUCUAUAUAUUGCUAAUUAUGUACAGUAAUACAUGCAAUAUUACUCAAAGAUUUUAUAUAUCCUUAUGGAACUUAAAGGAUAAUCA